UAAUCGUUCUUGAGCUAUAAUGCGCUCAACGCGACCUGCUGUCAGAUUCAUAAAACUUGUAAACUCCGCCCACUCGACAGCCGGCGUCUAUUGACAGAAAGUCGCGGCGGCGGCGUGGACGUGCAAUCCUCGCGGAGUCAGAUCACCGCGUCCGCGAUAAGCCCGUCACAUGUGGCCACCAGCUCAUUGUGACGUUGACACUUUUUGUACGUGACCGACAGCCGACAGUGUCGCGACCAGGCUGGCUCCGAAGAACGCCUCCAUUCGGGAUUCCGCUGUCACGAGCAAUGGAGAGGCGUAAAAGGCGCAACAACCCGCCCAAGCGUUGUGCUUGAAGCUCCCCGGCUGGAGCGUCGCCCAAACACGCGAGCCGCUUCCUGCGCCACGACGACAUGGACAACCCGGCCGCCGAGAACCCCGGCAGGGCUGCGGAGUAUUUGCAAGAGCUCAACAAGAUCAUCGAGACCCAGCAGGAGCUACUGGAGAGGCAGCGGGCGCGGAUCGAGGAGCUGGAGCGGCAAGUGUGCGACUUGUGUACCGAGAACGGCUGCCUGAAGGAGCGCUACCAGCGGCACCUGGCGAGCUGCAGGCUACUACAGGGCGCCGAGAGCCCGCAGUCGCUCGGGGCCAUCCAGGAGCAUAUCGCACAUGACAAGUCUGAUGGUGAUGCAUCCAGGAUGAUCAGGCGACACGCCUCCCUGCCUGUCCAAGUCUCCGAGCCUCCUGGAAGCAUCGUGUCUGUUGGCAGCCGAGGAGUCGUCCCAUGUCGCAAGUGGAAGUCUGCUUCCUUUGGUGUGGAAGGGGACGGACGGUCCAAUGAGAGCGGCGCUUCCCUAGAUCCAGGAGCAGGAUAUGGGCCAGGUCCGGUGACUCACGGGUCGGCCAUCAGUCCCGAUCGUUUUGAGAGCUCCCUCUACGGCCACGGGGUUCAGCCUGGCCCUCAGAGACCCCGUCGGCCUAAGCUGCAGCACUCACAGUCCAUCCUUCGGAAGCAGGCGGAGGAGGAGGCCAUCAAGCGCUCUCGCUCGCUCUCGGAGAGCUAUGAGCUCUCCGCCGACCUUCAGGAUAAACAGGUGGAGAUGCUGGAGCGCAAAUAUGGCGGGCGAUUCAUAACGCGGCACGCGGCUCGCACGAUCCAAACCGCCUUCCGCCAGUAUCAGAUGAACAAGAAUUUUGAACGUCUCAGGAGCUCCAUGUCUGAAAAUCGCAUGUCCAGACGCAUCGUUCUCUCCAACAUGAGGAUGCAGUUGUCGUUUGAGGGUGCCGAGAAAGUGCACAGCUCCUACUUUGAAGGGAGGCAGGUGUCCAUGACGGAGGACGGCGCCCCGUUGUCCAUGUUGCAGUCAGAAUGUGGGGAUAUACAGGUCCACCAGCAGGCCAAUAUGGCGUCUCAUCCGCCCCCACAGGGUGAUCUGACGGAUGCCAUCACGGAACUCGAGGACGCCUUCUCCAGACAGGUCAAAUCCCUGGCCGAGUCGAUAGACGAUGCACUGAACUGCCGCAGCCUUCAGGGGGAUGAAGGUCCGGACCCUGAGGUGGAGAGGGAGGUUCCCUAUCGGCUGAAGUCGCACUGCAGGGCAGCUGGACACAUUCACGAUGACUCGGUGGCAUCGUAUAGCGAUGUUACUCUGUUCAUUGACGAGGACGACAUGUCACCUCCCAUUGCUCUGUCGAGGGCGGGAGAGCAGGCCCCUAGCACGGAAUCAGACUUGCGCUUGCGGUCAGUUAACUCCUCCCAGGACUACUGGCCUAUCGACCCUAAAGAUGAGGGUCGUGACACGGACACGAGCUGCCGCAGCACUCCUUCUCUGGAGUGCCAAGAGCAGCGUCUGAGAAUGGACCACCUUCCUUUGUUGACGAUAGAACCUCCUAGCGACAGCUCCGCCGAGUUAAGCGAUCGCUCCGAACGGGGCUCGGUCAAAAGGCCGCCUGCGUACGAGCCUCACGGCCACAUUGUAACCUCAUCCCAGGCAAGCCCCAAACAUAUUUCCCACGGACCUCCGCCACGAGCGCCGUCACGUGAUGACGAUGCGCCUCUGCGUCACCGCCACCGCCAGCUGGAGAGCCACCUCGCUAUCAACGGCUCAGCCAAUCGUCAGAGCAAGUCCGAGUCCGACUUUUCGGAUGGGGACAACGACAGCAUCAACAGCACGUCGAACUCCAAUGACACGAUCAACUGUAGCUCCGAGUCCUCGUCGAGGGACAGCCUACGAGAGCAGACCCUCAGCAAGCAGACCUACCACAAAGAGACCCGCAACAGCUGGGAUUCUCCCAUCUUCAGCAACGACGUGAUUCGCAAGAGACAUUAUCGCAUCGGCUUGAAUCUCUUCAACAAGAAGCCAGAGAAGGGCAUCCAAUACUUGACCGAGAGGGGCUUCAUCCCUGACACGCCGGUUGGUGUGGCUCAUUUCUUGCUGCAAAGGAAAGGCCUGAGCAGGCAGAUGAUCGGCGAGUUCCUCGGAAAUAGACAGAAACAGUUCAACAGGGAUGUCUUGGACUGUGUGGUAGAUGAAAUGGACUUCCAGAGCAUGGAGCUGGAUGAAGCCCUCAGGAAGUUUCAGAACCACAUCCGUGUCCAGGGAGAAGCCCAGAAGGUGGAACGACUCAUUGAAGCCUUCAGCCAGCGCUACUGCAUCUGCAACCCGACGGUGGUGCGGCAGUUUCGGAACCCGGAUACGAUUUUCAUCCUGGCCUUCGCCAUCAUCCUCCUCAACACAGACAUGUACAGCCCCAAUGUCAAGCCUGAGAGGAAGAUGAAGCUGGAGGAUUUCAUCAAGAACCUAAGAGGCGUGGAUGAUGGGGAGGAUAUACCCAGGGAGACCCUGGUUGGAAUCUAUGAGAGGAUCCGAAAGCGGGAACUCAAGACCAAUGAAGACCACGUGUCACAGGUCCAGAAGGUUGAGAAGCUCAUUGUUGGGAAGAAACCAAUUGGAUCACUCCAUCAUGGCCUGGGAUGUGUUCUGUCACUGCCCCAUCGCCGGUUGGUGUGUUACUGCCGCCUCUUUGAAGUGCCAGAUCCAAACAAGCUCCAGAAGCUGGGCCUACAUCAGCGGGAGAUCUUCCUGUUCAAUGACCUACUCGUGGUGACAAAGAUUUUUCAGAAGAAGAAGAACUCUGUGACGUACAGCUUCAGGCAGUCCUUCUCCCUUUAUGGCAUGCAAGUCAUGCUAUUUGAAAACCAAUAUUACCCAAAUGGAAUCAGACUUACAUCAGCCAUCCCAGGUGCGGACAUCAAAGUCCUCAUCAACUUUAAUGCACCCAACCCCCAGGACCGCAAAAAGUUCACAGACGACCUGCGAGAAUCCAUUGCUGAGGUUCAGGAAAUGGAGAAAUACAGAAUAGAAUCCGAGCUUGAGAAGCAAAAGGGGGUGGUGAGGCCCAGCAUGUCGCAGAGCUCCGGCUUGAAGAAAGAGACUGGGAAUGGCAGCAUGAAUCGUGCAAGUCUGGAUGACACCUAUGCCAUGGGUGAAGGUCUCAAGAGGAGCGCCCUCAGCAGCUCCCUGCGAGAUCUCUCCGAAGCAGGCAAGCGGGGGCGUCGCAGCAGUGCAGGAUCACUAGACAGCAAUAUGGAAGGGUCCAUCAUUAGCAGCCCACACACACGCCGAAGGGCCACCACCCCGCGUGAGGUCACCUCACGCGAGCAUCCCCCCCUCCCCACUUCGGCAUCCACCUCCAUCCUGGGCUCGCUAUUUGGCAGCAAGAGAGGCAAACCGCCCUCCCAGAGCCACGGGCCUUACCCGCCGCCUGGUCACCCCACGCUCAUAUCCCACAAGCCCCACCCGACCAACCUGCACCACACGGCGCAGGUGGUGCAGGGCGGGCCGCUGCCUCACCACGGCCACCACCCGCAGUACUGCCAAGUCCCUCAGAACCCGCCGCCUUACCACCACCACCACCACUACCACCCGCCGCCGCACACGCAGUACCACAAGCACCCCGCCUACUCCUCGCACGCUCAUCCGCACGCCCAGCACAGCCACUUCAGCCAGCAUCCGCAUCACAGCUCCCACUCGCAGCACGCUCCCCACCACCACAGUAGCCAGCAAGCAGGCGCGGCACCCGGCGGACCCAAAAGCAAACACAGUGGCAUCAGCACCGUCGUGUGAUGACAUGGCGGCGAGGAGGGACUGUUUCUGGCACCAAAGGGACUUGAUCGACGGCGCGGCUUGACGGCCUGUCCACUGUGUUUUACUGCUGCUGCCAUGAAAACCUACCUGCAGGCACUGUUUCAUCUCCACGUCCAACUAAGAAGCAGGAUGGACACUUGGACCACAACUAUCCCACCAGGGGCCUUUAUUAAUAGUUUGUUUCAUUCCGGGUUUGCCCCCACUGCCUCUUCCCCCCCCCCCACCCCCACCCCCUCCAUCACCAGGGUUCAGCGGUGGCGGGUGGGUCUGUGCAGGGAGAUGCCCUUUGUUGUUCACAACACACGCACACACAUUGCCGGGCUGCCCCCCCCCCCUCAUGCCCCCCGCAUAUAAUCUGGAGGACCAACACCCUGGCACAUCAAUGAUGGGGCAUUGCCGUGCACAGCUUUUUCAGUUUGCAAGUCCCACAGAUGCUCUUUGUCCUUGCCUCCGAUAGAGCUCACAUGUAAUCAAGCUAUAAUCAUUUGACUCAAACCGGAGGACAGGUAAGCAACGUCCGAGUCAUAUUAGUUCUAGUGCUGUAUUUACUGUAGAUGACAGCUGUACGUGUUGUCUCCUAGCGCUCAUACAUAAAUGUGCCAAUUAUUAACACAAUCUAUUUAGUCAAGACUUCCUGUACAGUAUGUCGUGCGUAAUUUGUAAGAUUAUACUUACAAUCAUUAUUAUCAGCAAAAAGUAUCAGUAUUAUACUGACUCCGGGGGUAGCGAGCUUGUAGAUGCGGAAGCAGUGAAUCAGCCUAUCUUGGCCUUUCCAAAGGAGGCAAAGGAGCUUUGAGAUGGCAGCUGUCGCAAAGGCACAACAUUGACUCUUCUCGUCGACGGCCCCUUGGAAGUACAACUUUGUCAUUGUAACUCACAAAAUUAGAUUUUCGACGGAGGCGACUGUUAAAACAAAUGCUCGCAACAGGUGCCGUUGCCACUCGUUAAAUCCAACUCGAAACCUUUUUGUGAAUGUUUUUUUCCUUUUCUGCUUUUACCCGUUUUUUUUUUACCCUCACCGACAAGUUUUGGCGAGUGACUGAAAUCCGUUCAUACACAGUGAAGUCUUUUGUUUUUGGAUCAAAUGUGCAAUAUCUUUGUACUGAUUAGGAAAAGCAAGCAAAGUGUCCCUAAAAUUUGUGCAGUUUGUUUGUUUGUUUGCUUGUUAUUUAUUUUUGUUUUUUGGGCCCCUCUCAGUCUAAAUUAAUGAUCGCUGCAAGGCUCAGAGCCCGGUGGAAUGUCUCGUGAUUUUUUUGCAUGUACUGUUAGUGAUGUGAGGUUGUCCUCUGCACAUUGUAUAACAAAUCAGUGUUACCAUAGCAAGUUUAAGUGCAAUCAUGUUCCCAAAUGCAGACUUGUACUGAGAGCAAAAGUCUUCUGUUAUCCAGAAUGAAAUUCGGGUGAUAGAUAAACCUUUUUUCCUGCCUCCAUUUAGGAAUAUAUUAAUACCUACAAGGGGACUAUAGAGAGAGAAGGAAUGUGUGUAUAUAUUUUAUUAAAGGAAUUUUCUUGGGCUGAGCAGAUAUAUUUUGCUGGACAAGCACAUAAAAUAACUUGUUUUGUUUCAAUAAAUGCAGUUAUACCGCAGAAAUGUAAAGUGAACAAAGAAACUUGGAGUAUGUAAAGAAUAACUUUGUACAUUCAACAAAUAAGAGUCUAUUCUGGUGUGCACAUUGGUGACAGUAGACAAUUUGUUCCAAUAUUCAGGUUGUACAUGCAUAUUAAGAGUCACAAAGAAAUCCAUGGCCAGCGAUCAGGCUUCCUACCUUCCAGGUUCUCACAUAUCGGACGGGAGCGAUCAAACUGAAUGUCUCUUUCUUUUGCGUUCGAUGUUCUGCUAUGAUUCGGACCCUCAAGUCCCUUUCGUGUUUGCUGUGUGUUGUCUACAGUCAAUUCUUUGUGAGACGGAACCCCAACAAUGCACUGCAUGAAUCUGAUGCAUCACAAGUCACUGUGAGCUGAAUGGUGGGUGGGGGCGGUGGAGGGGGAAUUCAGCCAAUCAUCGAAACUGGCUUCGUUUUUCUUUUGUUUUGUUUUUGGGUUGUUUGUUUUGUUUUAUGGUUUGGAGUUUGCCAGUGUUGCCGUGUUCUUGUUGUUUUUGGUGUUCGGCCGGUUAAUAUUGAAUGAAGCUCAGCAUGCAUUUCAUCAACAAAGCCAUUGUGUGUACAUUCGAAACCUGAAGAACAUUGCACUUCCUUCGCUGAGGGCUUUCGUUGUGUAAAUAUGAGAUUUGGAUGUGCAAACUGCUUGGAAGGAGGAUUUAUCUUUACGAAGGUGUAAAGGGACCAAGUUGGUGGUUAUAUGAUACUGUACAUAUUGUGAAUAUGAUCCAUACUUUAUUCUGAUAUCUGCAGUUUUGAUCAGGAUGUACAAACAUCGCCUCAUAGAAUGAGUGAGGGUUCAACAUAUCGAUUGUCUCGGGAACUGACAUUUGCUGUAGAGAUCAAAAGCAGACUGUUAGAAAAGUUCGCUGCCAUUUUCAUCACUCUCCUUCCGUGCAAACACACACAAACAUCAGACAAAUGCAUCUUGACGCAAGCUGUGUAGUCUGGUGUGAGAAUCAUCAAAAAAAAGUGGACACGCAAAAAAGGAAAACACAAGAAUGGCCUCAUUUAUGUGUGCAUUCUGUUUGUACAGUGAGUAGUGAGUCAGUAAGACCCCAGUUAUUGUAAAACUUCAACUGUGACAAUGUUGAGAACGCAAAAUAAAACAAAUAUAUGACUUAUGGUAA